CACCAGCCCGCUCCUUGUCACCCCGCACUGCUGCAGCCCCAGCGGCACUGUGACUGUGUCUGUUGUGCUCCUGUCCUUGUUGGUGGUGAGCGUUUGGGGGAACGAGUUUAGUAUAUUGAGAUCACCACGGUCUGUUAGUUUUGAAAUAGAAAUUGGCCUACACCGCAGAGUGAAUCCCGGACAUGGCUGCGUUGUACAUGGUCUUCUCUGCGAAGAAAAACCUUUCUUGGCCAGGACUUCCAGUGGGUGACCUAGUUCAUCGCCCUUGGGCUACCGUCAUGGUGAUGGUGAAGGGAGUGGACAAACUGGCUCUACCCACAGGCAGUGUCGUUUCUUACCCUUUGGAGAAAGCAGUUCCUUUUAGUCUUAACACUGCUGCAAAUUCCAUUUGCUCCUUAUUUUCUGAGGAAACUCCUGCUGUUUUGCAGUUGGCUCCCAGUGAGGAAAGAGUGUAUGUGGUAGGGAAGGCCAACUCAGCGUUUGGAGACCUUUCAGUCACCUUAGAACAGCUCCAUAAUCUCUUGUUUCAGGAAAACUCUAUUCUCAGUUCAUUUCCCCUGAAUUCUCUGAGUAGGAACAGAGUUGACCUGCUCUUUCUUUCUGAACUCCAAGUGCUAUAUGAUAUUUCAAACUUGCUGUCUCGUCAUAAGCAUCUAGCCGAGGAUCAUUCUCCUGAUCUAUAUUCACUGGAGCUGGCAGGUUUGGAUGAAACCGGGACGCAUUACAGGGAAGACUCUGAACAAUUCAGAGAUGCUUCUAAGAUCUUCGUUGACACUGCAAAUGUUUGCAGAUGACAUGUACGAUGAUUACAGUGGGAAUGCAGUGGUAGAGAUAGUCACUUAAGUCAUUUGACACCUCCCUUGUGAGGAAGACAAGGACUAUCUUUGAGGCAAAACAAGUGAGGAACACAGUAAGUCCCUAUAACUUCACAUAGAAGUAUAAUUUUGAAUAUUCAGUGAUUCUUCAACAUGAUACUUUGGAUAAUGAUCACC